GAUGUGUUGUGAUGCCACGUGAACUAAGUGACGACGUGACACGCGCAAAUUGGACUCGGCGAUUCUCGAAGACGGUGCUAGCGAACCUGGUGCCAUUCCGCAAAGUGUCCGCCACUGACGAGACAAAGACACCGCCAGCUCACGCGCAAGUGCGGCGUCGAGCCAGCGCGGCGCCAGACGUGUUGCUGGCCACGACCGGCCACGCGGUCGCCGCCGUCGCCGCGCCCGAAAUCGACGCGCUGCACAAACUGCGACAACGCCGCCGUUCGGCUGACCGGAUCUACGCGCUCAAGAGCCAUCAGGAGCAUGUGAGUGCGCCUUCUGCGGCUGAAACAAAGACAGCAGAAAAGUCCUCGAAGUCGACAUCUAAUUCUGGUAGCAAGAAAUCACCGAAAACACAAGCAGUUGCCAUCACCGCUAAGCCAUCAUCGUCUAUUCCUCGUGCACCUCCAGCAAUGAAUAACGGAGCACAGCCGCCGCCGCCGGGAGCUGUUGCACAGCCAAGUCGUCAUUCUGGGGCGGCGCAGCCUCCACAUUCUUCUUCGAGCCGCUCUCAUCAUACUGGCACUGGGUCUUCAUCGCAACAUGCGUCUCACUUGCGUCCGUCAGCGGGUAUGGGAUCAUCUAGUCGAUCCGGAGGACGGCGACCACCCGACGAUCCUCAUGUUGGGAAGUAUAAACUGCUCAAAACUAUUGGCAAAGGAAAUUUCGCCAAGGUAAAACUAGCCAAACAUACAAUUACGGGUCAAGAAGUUGCUAUCAAAAUUAUCGACAAAACAGCGUUGAAUCCUAGCAGCUUACAAAAACUUUUCCGUGAAGUCAAGAUUAUGAAGCAGCUUGAUCAUCCGAACAUAGUGAAACUCUACCAAGUCAUGGAAAACGAGCAAACACUCUAUCUAGUGCUUGAAUACGCAUCUGGUGGCGAGGUGUUUGACUACUUGGUAGCACAUGGCAGGAUGAAAGAGAAGGAGGCUCGCGUUAAAUUUCGACAAAUAGUCUCAGCUGUACAAUAUUUACAUUCAAAGAAUAUAAUUCACAGAGAUUUGAAAGCAGAAAACCUUCUGUUAGAUGCCGAUAUGAACAUCAAAAUAGCUGAUUUUGGUUUUAGCAAUCAAUUUACAUUAGGAAAUAAAUUGGAUACUUUCUGCGGGUCCCCUCCCUAUGCUGCCCCCGAACUUUUUCAAGGGAAGAAAUAUGAUGGUCCCGAAGUUGAUGUUUGGAGUUUGGGUGUUAUUCUCUACACCCUUGUUUCUGGAAGUUUACCCUUCGAUGGGCAGAACUUGAAGGAGUUGCGAGAGCGUGUCCUUCGCGGGAAGUAUCGUAUUCCAUUCUACAUGUCUACGGACUGUGAAAAUCUGCUCAAAAAAUUCCUCGUUCUCAAUCCUGCACGACGAGGAACGUUAGAGACUAUCAUGAAGGAUAGGUGGAUGAACAUUGGUUACGAGGAUGAAGGUGAAUUGAAACCUUAUAUCGAACCUCCUAAGGACCAAAUAGACGAAGCAAGGAUAGAGAAAUUGAUUCAGCUCGGGUUCAAUAAGGGUAGUAUACUGGAUGCAUUGGAGAAAGAGAAAUUUGAAGAUAUCCAUGCCACAUAUCUGUUGUUGGGUGAACGGAAGUGUGAGAUGGACGCUGGUGAUCUAGCCCUGGCUCAACAAGCCGUCACGCAUUCAACGCACAACGUCUCAUCGGGAAUCGGCUCACAUGCUGUUGGCACCAAUACUGCUUCGGUGGCGACGUCGACGCAGUCGCCUUCCAAAUAUUCGCGCACAUCAUCGGCGCAAACUUCCACAGCAACGGCUGGGCCAUCUGCCCUGAAUGCUAAUGCGGCUCUUCCAAAGCAGUCUUCAAGGCGAAGUAGUCAGAACGAUACGCCGUCUGCUACUGCACAACAACCUGGUCAAGCGGCGUCAUCUGCAAGGGCUCAGGUGCAGUUGCGACAGCAGCCCACUUCCAGGCAUGCAGCUAUGAGUAUGGUCCCGGGAUCAUAUCAAGCUGCUGCUGCUGAAGGUCACAGAGAUUAUUUGGCAUCGUUUACUCGCGGCGGAACUUCAUCGACAGUCACACCGGGCUCACGGAAGUCUAGCGAUCCAAAAGGUCGAGUUCCAAUCAAUCUGGGAGUGCGAGCUGCUGGACAACGAGCAGAUGGAUCCUCGUCAGCACGAUCUGCGCAUCCAACCACCACUGGUAUUUCCGCCACGUAUCAGGUGCCCGCAUCUGCUUCCCUUGUUGGCAAGUUACCUGUGAAUACCAACAACUCCGGUGUGGGUCCAAACGCUUCACCUCAACUAAAAACACCAGCUGCUAUUGCACAAAUUCCGAUUCCUUUGCAGAAGUCUGGUUCUCAAAUUUCGCAUGCACCAACGGAACCAGUCAUCAAGGAGGAUGAAGAUGAGAGCAGCGAAUCGUCUGGUGGUGGUGCCAACGGUGUUACUACAAUUACGCAUUUACCGAUUAUCGGAGGUGCCCCUGUAGCACAGAGCCCGCUCCCACCAGCUGAGGAAGUCGCUCCUGAAAUGAAGACAUCGGUAUCUGUUACGCCGGAAAGAGAGCAUAAGCCGUCGCUGAUCCACCAAAGUCCUUCGAUGCCCCCAACGAUACUCAAAGCUAUGGGAGAGCUGACUGUACGGGGUGCCACUUCGACCACCCCUGGAGACCGGGACUCCCCGAAAAUGACGAAGUCAGCUACCGGUAACCCUCUCAUAGCCACUCCACCUCCAUCUUCAACUGCCGCCGCCGCUCCUCCUACUUCUUCUCCCUCCCAGACUUAUGCGCCCACGCCCGCUGUUCAAUCUUCAGUGACGCCCGAGCAGCGACCGAACGCUGCGGUCACUACAACAGUCAAUGCUGCAAAUGCAACAGCGUUUCCUCGUAACACACGAAAUCGACAGACAUUUCAUGGAAAAACCGACUACAAUAAGGUGAAUGGCGAUGAGGAAGAGUCCGAGGGUGAGCAAGCCCCAGCUGGACAGUCGAUUGGCAAUGGUCAGAAAGGAGGAUUUUUCCUUUCAAAGUUGACAAAACUGACAAGACGGGGACCACAUGAUGGAGCUGCACCACCGCCUAUUGGACAGCCACCGUCGCGAGGUGGAACAGUGGGAUGUAGCGGCGGAACGCCUGUAACGGGAGCUCUAACGCAGAUCCGUGAAGGGCAUGCUAUCGCGCCGACUGGUACGGCUACUCCACCAUCGGGCAGAGAGGAAGAUAUUAAGCCUCGGAGCCUGAGAUUCACGUGGAGUAUGAAGACGACCAGCAGCCUUGCUCCGGAUGACAUGAUGAAGGAAAUCCGUAAAGUUCUCGAUGCGAAUGGUUGCGAUUACGAACAACGUGAACGGUACUUAAUCCUGUGUGUUCACGGUGAUCCCAAUGCUGAUUCUCUUGUGCAAUGGGAGAUGGAGGUCUGCAAACUUCCACGCCUAAGUCUGAAUGGAGUUCGUUUCAAACGAAUUUCGGGAACUUCUAUAGGAUUCAAGAAUAUCGCGUCCAGGAUUGCGCAAGAGCUCAAUUUAUAAACAUAUGCGGAGGUUCCUCGGAUCAUCCUUUCACUGAGUCCGAAGAUCCGGUACUGUCGCAGUUUCUCAUCGUCCGCCUUUUGUUCAUUUUUUCUUUCGUUCAUAUGUGAACAUUAUGAAAGGCAGUCAUGUAUCGGUGGGUGUGUUCUGAAAUUUCGUUUCUCCUCAGCUUUGAUAUUCCAGCGUUCUCUGUUAUUUAUUUCGGUGCUAGGAGUUUCAUGCUGCGUUUUUACAACAUUGGGUUUUGAAAUGUUCUAGCUCGAAAUUAACUAGUUUCAUGUUUUCAAUGAUAAAAAUAGCCUUGUGAUCAUGUUUAUGCCCUCUUCUACUCGUUAGUCCUAUGUAUUGUUGAUCGAACUCUUUGUAUUUAUGUAGCUUAAUCAGGCCAGUUUUCUAUUGUUUUAUCGCUACUUGUUCUUCUUUUGAGGUACAAUGUGGCUAUUUGUCGUGAUGUGUGUUUUACAUUCAUUUCGCAGACCUGGAUUUUUUCGCGAAUAACCGAGUUUCAAUUAUACUUGUGAUAUUAAUAACCCUCGUUUCUCAAAGAGGAGAUGUCUUUUGAAAUGCGUUCACUCUCUGAUGGCUUACGCACGCAGUUUGGGAAGGGUAGAAAUGUGUCGUUCUGUCAAUUUCUGCCUUUAGUCUGUUGAGAACAUCGCGUAUGCGUUUCUGAAUCCGUUUAGGUCAGAUAAACUAUUUGCAAAGUCUACUGUUCUGUUUGUAAAGGGCAUUGGAGUAGGUGAAUGCGGCAAGGUUUGUCAGUGUUCGUUCCUUCAUUCAACUUUUCGGGAUCGUGCUCCUCAUAUAUCACUUGCUUGCUACUUUGAGGCUAAUCUGUAAUGCCCCUACGUACAUUAAUAGAUUCUGUAAGAAAUAUUCUUCGCUAUAUCCUGGGAUAUCUUCCCUCUAUUUAUAUAAAUCUUCUUUCUUGUGAAUAUAAUUUGUAAUGUUCAAGUCAACUGCAAAAUUCACAUUGAAUUGAUGUUUAAUAACUGCAUUAAAUGAUUUCUUCUAGAGG